AUGACGCGUGUGUACGUCGGCAAUAUCGACAAACGGGCCACCAAGGAGGAGCUGCUGGAGUUCCUGAAGCCCAUGGAGAAAACCAUCGAGGACUCAUGGCUAGCCAGACGUCCCCCAGGGUUUGCAUUUCUCACCAUCACCCCCUCGCAGGCGAUGGAGUUUGUGGACACCUUCAAUGGGAAGGAGUUUCGUGGAAGGGUCCUCGUGGUGGAAACCUCUACAACGGCUACGCAGCCACGGGAGCGGGCUCAUCGACGACGCGAACGCAGAGACGGCCAACGCUCGGAUAGCCGCGGACGGUCCGACAGCCGCAGACGGUCCGACAGCCGCAGACGGCGCCGAUCAGAAAGCCUUCCAAGACACCGCAGUGACAGGCGGCGCGCUCGCAGUCACAGUCGGCGUCGGGAUCGCUCUAGAGAACGUAAGCGCCGCAGACGCUCCUACAGUCGCGGCAGCUCCCGUUCCUCAUGGUCAUCGUGA